AUGAGCCUGUUUGAGUACGGGGGUUCUAGCGCCAUCUACAGCUUGAACCAUUUUAUCGUAGUAAAAGUGCCCCGUUCUAAGGAUGAUGACGAUGAGCAUACUGCGGAACAAGUCAUUUUCGAUAUUAUCGAAUCCUCCAAACGUCAUCCGAAUUUGGUCGCUAGCUACUACCGAGUUCAAUCUGCGACAUUUCUAGAAUUCGCUGGCCUCAACCUUGAAUCGAUGCUCCAGGAACACCAGACAAGAGACCCAAGAACCCGCCGGGUGCUUUCUGUCGUCGAAUAUCCCAUGGACCUUCUUGUCCGCUGGAAAGCAGAGAUAUCUGGAGGUUCUGCCUGGAUGGAAGAGGUGGGCUUAGCACACGGCGACCUACGUACUGAGAAUGUUGUGAUAAAUGAUGGUCAUGCUAAGAUUAUUGAUUUUGGCCGCUCUGUCAAGGUCGGUUCACCUCUAGAGAUUGGCACUGAGCCAUUUGCAAGGCAAACAGAAAGCGGGUCAUAUGGGUUAGCUGGUCCUGUUACUGAACAAUUCGCAUUGGGCUCGAUCUUAUAUUGUCUAGCACAGGGAUACAAACCUUACGAAGAUGAGUGGUUUGGCGAGGAUCACAAUAAUAUUCUCGUAGAAAAACUUCAGAAACGAGAAUUCCCUAUCCUUAAAGACGGCCCUUGGGAAAUUGUCAUCAAUUGUUGCUGGGGUGGGGAGUUCGAGACCGUCCAGAAGCUCCAUGCCCAUAUCUCGUCCCUCGCAGGGCAGAUCAAAGGCGCUCCUCUUCUAGAUCAGACUACGAUUGACCAACGGAGAGCAGAGUGUAAAAAGGCAGUCGAGGAGGGGCUGGUCAGCAAGUUGGUAUCGCAUUUAACCUAGAUCUUGUAAGUGAAUGACCCCACCAGCACAAACAUGCGGAUGAACUGACAAUAGAGCAGCAACAAAAACCCCGACAAUCGAAGUGCCUAUAACGCACGUUGCAAAGAAUCAUAA